UGGGCGGGGCGACAAAUGAGGAACUCCACUCAGUUCGCUAAGCGCCGACGCGCUGCUACCUGGACCAAUGGAAGUGAGCACUGUCACUUGCCGCCCAAUCCGCAGCAAGCGGCUGUACGGGUAGAGGGCGGUGCCCCGGUGGCUGGUAUAGUGUUUUCGGCAGAGAAGAUGGCGAUCCUCCGGGUUUGGGUAUUCGUGUUCUGCGUGCUGUGGCCGUGGUUUCAUGUGGCUUUAGCUUCACUUGGUUUCCUCAACCUGGAGGAGUUAUCGGAAAUGAAGUAUGGCAUCGAAAUCCUCUCGGAACCUGUUAUAAGAGGACAGAGCAAGUCUGACAACAUAGUGACCGUAUCCUCAAAGUACAAGCAAAAUUAUGAGUGCAAACUCCCUGCUGUGGCAGUAAAGUUCCACCAAGACAGGGAGGAAGAUCAGCAGACAUACUCUGGACUUGGGAUAUCAGACCUUCUGCGACCAAUGGAGGCAGCACCAUGCCUUAUAAAGACUAAAGACUGGUGGACCUAUGAGUUCUGUUAUGGAAAGCACAUUCAACAGUAUCACAUUGAAGAGUCUGAGGUAAAAGGAGAUGUCUUAUUCCUUGGAUACUAUCAAUCAGAAUUUGACUGGAAUGAUGAAAAGGCCAAGGCCUCCAAACAUCACAGGCUAAAACGUUACCAUAGCCAAAUGUAUGUGAACGGGUCAAAGUGUGACCUUAAUGGAAAGUCCAGGGAAACAGAAGUCAGGUUUAUGUGUGAAGAGGGCACCGGAGAUUACAUAGCGCGUGUGGAUGAACCUCAGUCUUGCUCAUAUGUUCUAACCGUGCACACCACUCGAAUUUGCCACCAUCCCUUCUUGCGGCCUCCUUCAACUGGUACCCCUCAGUCCAUAAAGUGCCACCCUGCACUCAGUCCAGAGCAGUAUGUUGAAUAUGUUAAAGCACAAGUCUCUGACACAAAACGUAUAGUGGAAGAAUUAUCAGAGGAGCUGAAAACAUUAAACCUUAAAACGCUGGGGUCCAAGCAUUCACCGCCUCCCCAUCAAGCUUUGCACAGAAAUGACAUAGAGUUACCAUCACAGCCCGACCACACUGAGCAACAAAGUGAAGAUUCUGGUUCCCAAGAUUCCAUGAAACAGGAGAAUCUUGAAGAGGAAGACCAUGUAGUAGGGAAUGAAGAGGAAGACCAUGUAGUAGGGAAUGAAGAGGAAGACCAUGUAGUAGGGAACGAAGAGGAAGACCAUGUAGGGAAUGAAGAGGAAGACACAGAGGCAGAUUUUUGGAAUAAGGUGCUCAGGCCAGAGGACCGAGAAACUGAUGUAACAUCGGAUUCCGGGGAGGAACUGGCUUUGAACCAGCAGGCAAUUGAGGGAAAUCAAGGUAUGCAUAAGGGGCUUCGUUAUAAAAUAAUAAGGAAUCCAGAAGACCUGGUGAAUUUUAUUGCAGAUCUAAAAAAGAAAAAUAAGCAGGAAGAAGAAAAGGUUGAUGCAGAGCAAAAGGAUUCACAGAGCUCUCACCCUGACAAAAACUUGGCUGGUACAUCUGAAACACAAACAGAAGAGGAAAAAGAUGAACAGGCACUUUUACAAGAAUUUGAGAAAGAGCUAGAAAACAUUCUAUUGCCAAAGUCUGAGAUGUCGGAGAUUAAGGACAAUGUAAAAACUGAAAUGGAGAAAGAGUUCGAUAAUAUUAUUGACGAGGCGCAAGAGGAACUUGAGACUGAAGGACUUAAAGGAGAAUUUGACAGAAAACAAGCAUCUAAGUCAUUAGCUACCACCCUAAACAAAUUAAUAGACAAACUAGAGAAUACUGCGGAUGAAAAGGGAGAGGGAGCAGAACCUUUGGAAAGUGAUGAAGGUGUGACUAAAAGCAUUUCUGAACCCACUGCUAAAGAACCCUCUGAUGGUCGUGUUAAAGUCAGGGUCACUAAGAUCCGUCGGGGAAGCUUUGAGCAGAAAGAAAGAAAGGUGAGAGAGAUGAGCAACGAGAAUCCCCAGCUAAGACACAUUGAGAAUGUUGUUAAGGACCUGCUUGAGAAGGAAGGACUGAAGGCAGAAGGUAAAAUAGAAAUUAAGAUUCUAACAACUGGAGACUUUGGUGAUGAAGAAUCCUUUUCAGAAGAGGACACCAAGAACCUGCAAGAUAUUAUUUUCAACAUCCUGGUUCAAGGAACAGAAGAAGUUCACAAAGAAAGGAAACGGCAGCAGCAGCUAGAGGACAACUACCGCUUUGUCUGGAACCAAAACCAGGACGACUCCAAAAAUACAAGGACUGCUGGAGAUACGGAUGAUGUUGAUUUUUAACCUAAGCUAACUGGAUAUCUCCCAAUAAAAACUUGAAUGAACUAUACGAUAAACUUGAGCUUUGUAUCAAAUUUUUAGACAAACAGAACUGGAUUACGGCAAUAGUAACCCAACACCCUUCUGGAGCGUAGUUUUGCCUGCACUAUACAGAUGUCUAUAGGGGGUUUACUGAAUAUUGCAAAGCAUAGCUAGCAGUCAUUUCUCUAGCUUUCGGCAGUUUGGUGCGAUUACUUUGAGAAUCCUGGGGAAAUUACUGCUUAAAACUGCACUAUGGGAAAUAAAUAUGUGCUAUUUAUGGCUCCAUUCUCCAUUGCUUGCUAUGGGUAAUGCACAUGGGGCGGUUUCUUACCUCUGCAGAGAAAUUCCCAAAACUGCACUUGCUGUCUACCUUCCAUUUCAGUAAGAUUUUCUAGAAACCACAAGUUGUAUUAGUGUUGGUAUCCUGAAAAUGCGCAUAAGGCUAAUGCCGAGAAUACGCUGUACCUGUGCCUACCUGUGUUUGUGUGGCAUAAGGCUUAGAUUGGUUCCCAUUAAAGUUAGAGGGAAAUGGCAGGGGCAGUUUUUAUGCUUUUGAAGGCUCUCAUUCAUCCAGGUCAUGGUAUAUCUGUAGUAAUAAGUCAGAUCAACUGGAAUUGCUGUGUUUGUUAUGAAGAUGUUUCAGAAUUGAAUUUAGGGUGACUGGCAAAACGUCUUCAAGAAAAAUGCAGUCCAGUUGAUUUGACUUAUUGUUAUAGCAGUUUCUAGGAAUUUCUCUGCUGGAUGAAAGCGCCAUGAUCAUUCAUGUUUUUGCCUUUUACUGAAAGGUUCAGGUUUUUCCUUUUAGAAGAACCUUUUUAUAUUAUUUAUGGUGUAUUGAUUCCUCACUUUAGCAUUAGAACAUGAUGAAUUCUAAGUGAGUGAUUUUCUGGAUAAGAUUGGAUUCAAUCAAAAACUUGGAAAAAUGGUCACAAGACCAUUAGUUAUAUAUUUUUUUUUUUUCAAAAAUAUUAAGUCCUAAAUAUGUCAAAAUUCCCUUUUAUUCAGAGAGGGGAUAAUUCAUUAAAAGGAUAUACAAUAUAUGAAACUGUGGUAUAAUGUAACUCAGGAACAUUUGGCUAAUGUUAUGGAGCAUUUGCAGUCCAGCUAUACACAAAGGCUUUGAAAUGUUCAGUUGAAAACGCAAUAAAUAUCGGACUAUUCACGUGGAUGCAAAACAGAGAAACCAGGACCUUAAUAUUUAUCUACAUGUUCCUUUAUUUUAGGACAAUCACAUGUAAUGGAAAGGGACAGCUCUUGUACCUCUAGGGGUAUAUUUAUCAUGCUGUGUAAAAAGUGGAGUGAAACAUUACUGGUGAUGUUGCUCAUAGCCAAUCAGAUGCUUUGCUUUCAUUUUCUAACUGUUGAAAUCUAAUUGCUGAUUGGUUGCCCUGGGCAUCAUCACUGGUAAUGCUUCACUCCACUUUUUACACAGCAUGAUAAAUAUACCCCUAAAUGUUGUUUUUCAAUGACAUUUUACUGGAAUCAUGCUACAGAUAUUGUUGGUAAAUGAAAAAAAAAAUAGGUGGGGAGUAAUUUUAUUUAAAGGGGUUGUUCACCUUUAAAUUCCAUUUUAGAAUGAUGUAUAAAGUUCUAUUCUGAGACAGUAUGCAGUUGGUCUUCAGUUUUUACUUGUGGUUUUUGAAAUUAGCUUUUUGUUCAGGAAUGUUGCAGUUGGGAAUUUUAGCAGCUAUCUGGUUGGUUGGUAGGAUCCGAAUUACCCUAGCAACCAGGCAGUAGUUUAAAUUAGAAAUUGGAGCAUGAAUAGGAGAGAGAUUAAAUAUAAAGACAAGAAGUAAAAAAGAAACUAAAAUUGUAGCCUCACAGGGCAAUGUUUUUUUUCAACUGGCAGUCCCAGUGAUCCCGUUUGAAAGCUGGAAAGAGUCAGAAGCAGGGACUAGGGAUAGGCAGAAGAGACUCCUGCUGAUGUUAUUCCAUUAAAAAGCCCUGUGUACUGUAGCAGAAUAUCUUUAUUAAGAUCCAUUUUCUCAAAGUUUUCAGAGCCCAACCCGCAGCUGCACAAGAGAUGGGCCUUUAGACCUGCAUUAAGUUCUCUUCAUACUUGCUUUUGUCUAUGGUAGGAUACACUGGGGAGCAAUGGCUGAUCAUUAUUACAGAAUACACACAAAUGCCUUUAUUUUCAUGUGCUGAUCUAUUGUGUAGGAUCCACGCAGCGUAUAUUUUAGUAUUUAGUAUCUCAUAAAAUGAGCCCGUAUUCUGUGCUGUACACAUGGGCAGAGAAAUGAUGGAAGUACCUUUCACAUGGAAAAUGUGCUGUAAAGAAAGCAUCAGGAUAUUGAAUGAGGCCAUAAAGCUAAUAGAAUAAAAGGAUGUCUAUAUUGCAUACUUCUAUGUUUACCUGGUUAAUGUAAUUUAUUUUUUAAAGUGUUUUUACAGGUGAUUAAACAAAAGCUGUCAUUUUUUUGUAACUGUUCAGGUUUUUCUUAUACUUUUCUUCUGCGUUGAAUAAAGCAAUGUUUUUCAACCUGUG